UUCAAUCACUUUACAGCUCUAGCUGCAUCACCAUUACGUUCUCCUCUUUGAUUGGUCCGUACGUAUGACGCUGCUUCCACCCCGUUCUCUUGCUCUGAAGGGAAGAACAUGGAGACAGUUGGAAAAGUAAUCAAGUGCAAGGCUGCUGUUGCCUGGGGGCCAGGGAAGCCUCUUUCCAUUGAAGAGGUGGAAGUUGCACCACCUAAGGCCAAUGAAGUUCGCAUCAAGCUGUUUGCCACAGGGGUGUGUCACACAGAUGCCUACACACUCAGUGGCAGUGACCCCGAGGGACUUUUCCCUGUCAUCUUGGGCCAUGAGGGUGCAGGGACUGUGGAGAGUGUUGGUGAAGGUGUCAUCAAAUUCAAGCCUGGUGAUACUGUGAUUCCUCUGUAUGUACCACAGUGCGGGGAAUGCAAAUUCUGCAAAAAUCCCAAGACCAAUCUUUGCCAGAAAAUUAGAGUAACCCAGGGCCAGGGUUUGCUCCCUGAUAAGACCUCACGCUUCACUUGCAAGGGAAAGCAAGUGUUUCACUUUAUGGGCACCAGUACCUUCUCUGAAUACACCGUAGUGGCCGAUAUCUCUCUGGCCAAGGUGAAUGAAAAGGCUCCAAUGGAUAAAGUGUGUCUGCUUGGAUGUGGCAUUUCUACAGGCUACGGUGCUGCUCUCAACACUGCCAAGGUUGAGCCCGGUUCCACUUGUGCCGUGUUUGGACUUGGAGCCGUGGGCCUAGCUGCUAUUAUGGGUUGCCAGGCUGCUGGUGCAACCAGGAUCAUUGGCGUUGACAUCAACCCUGCAAAGUUUGAGAAAGCCAAGGAGUUUGGAGCAACUGAGUUUGUGAACCCCAAUGAUCACACCAAGCCCAUUCAGGAAGUUCUGGUGGAGAUGACUGACGGUGGUGUAGACUACUCCUUUGAGUGCAUUGGAAAUGUGAAAAUCAUGAGAGCCGCACUGGAGGCAUGCCACAAAGGAUGGGGCGAGAGUGUCAUCAUUGGUGUAGCCGGUGCUGGACAAGAGAUUUCCACCAGACCAUUCCAGCUGGUGACAGGUCGUGUGUGGAGGGGAACAGCCUUCGGAGGCUGGAAGAGUGUGGAGAGCGUUCCUAAACUGGUAGAAGAUUACAUGAAUAAAAAACUGAAGGUGGAUGAAUUUGUUACUCACACUCUGCCCUUUGAGCAGAUCAAUGAGGGUUUUGACCUCAUGCAUGCUGGAAAAAGCAUCCGCACAGUGCUGACCUUCUGAAGUGCUUCCAGCAUUGACGUCUUUCACAUCCGGCCUUCAAACAGUCUAAUUAGAUGCAGCACUUUUUUGUCUUUCCUCUUUGCUUCUGUUUGAGCAGUAACAACUAGUACUAAAAUGUUGUAUUUUCCAUCCAGAAAGUUGUUACAAACAAAAGAAGUCGUAUUAAAUGUUCAACUUACA